AGAGAGAGAGAGGUCAAUGGUACUUCCGGAGGUGAUGUAGGUGUACUCGUCACUCUGCAGCCUUGAGUUUGCUCAGAGAAAGGCUGCACAGAAAUGGCGUGUCUCGUGUCCUCUUUGAGUUUGUUCAUGUGUUGGAGAGGGGGAGAGAGAGGGAGGUGGUUGGUGCUUGGUUGAAAUUUUAUAUUGAUAAAAAUGAGCUCCUUCCCCGGGAAAGUUCAACGUUGAUGGGGUUCACAAGACACCAACAGCGUCAAAUCUCUCAAAAUAUUCAGAGGAGAUCGGAUUCGGAAGCUGAGGAGGGGAGAUCAAGAAAAUUCCUUCACUGAUGGAGAAGACAGGGCUGCUGAUUCCCCUGGAGAUCUUGAAGGAGGCGUUCGACAUCCCAUUCAAGAGCCACAAGUUCCUCCUCUUCACCUUCCUUAUCUACCUCCCCCUCUCCCUCAUAAGGCUCGCCAUGGAUCUACUCACCUAUCCCCAAGCAAUAGAAGUUCAAUCCCAACUCCUCUUCCUGCAUUCGCAGGGAAGGUACAGCCCACAUGUUCUUGACAUCCACACCAAACUCCAAGAAAACUCUCAAAAACUUAUCAAGAAUGAGGUCCUGUUCUUGGUUCCCAUUGAUGCCCUGACCUUCUUUGGAUUGGUGGCAAUUGUUCACACCGCUUCGGUUCUGCACAUGGGGGAGAAAUUGAGCCUCAGAGAGAUGUUUAGCAGAUUGAUCACUAAAGCCUCGAUCAAGGGUCCUUUGCUGACACAUAUAUGUGUUGAUUUGAUGUCUUUUUCUUAUAUAGUUACUGCAACAAUGUUCGGGAUCGGCGCCUCUCAUGCCAUUGCAGGAAAGAUGAUUCUGAUCUUGGUAGCUUAUGUUUUGCCUGUGAGCAUGUGGGUGUUCUUGCAUGCAGUGUGGAACUUGGCCAUGGUGGUGUCAGUUGUGGAAGGCAGGCAUGGCAUUGGGGCCCUAGAGAGAGGCUGGGUGGUUUUGAGAGGUAGGAAAUUUUUGGGGUUUCUGUUGAUGUUGGUUUCAUUUAGUUCCUUCAACUGUGUUUGGGAAUUAAGCCUUGAAGCAGCCAAAGUUGACAACAGAAUGAGGCAGAAAGCUGCUUUUUCUGUAAUUUUUGCUAUCUUCUUUUGGUUUGGGAAUGCAAUGAGAUGGGUUAUCAGCUUGGUGUUCUACUACCACUGUAAAAGGCAACAGGGGGAGAAAAAUGAAGGUUUGGGAGGAGAGCAGGAGUUUGGAGCCCUUUCCCCGAAGUCUCCUGUGUAGAUUGGAGAUUAGUUCUUGAGUUGUUGGGCAAUUGAGAUUCUUCCUUUCUUUUGUUCUUUUUUCCUUAAGGUGUCAUUGUUGGUCUUAUCAUGAUUGUUUGUGCAUCUGGAGUUGCAUAAGGUAGUUGGGGGCCAUGAUGAAACCAGAAAGAAAAAUGGGUGAUCACCAGGAUGCUUCCAACCUACUCAAUGUCUGUUUCUCCAUCUAAUCGUCUACUUUUCAUGAAUUUUUAGGCUUACAGAGAUAAACUACUGGAGUAAACACACUUUUCUGUAAUUUCCUUUCCAUGCUGUCAAAUGCUUGGACAUAAAAAUCUGUAUAUAGUA